AUGUUGCUGUUUGAAAUCCCCCUCCGAGGCCUCACUUUCUUACGGAAUGCUAGAAAGACGGACCCAGUCCAACGAUACACACUGAAAGACUUCCAGACUGCAGCCAAAAAGGAACUGACAUUCCUAAAAACAAUAGACGAAUACCCAUCUCUCUAUGGAGGACCCGUUCUCAAAUAUGCCAUAUUCAGAUAUGAGAAGUUGUGGUUACCGUUCGCUGCUGAACACAGGGAUAGGACUCUGUCUGCCCCAUUAGACAUCGCGUGGGUGUGGCACUGUCAUUUACUGGCCCCCGUGGCUUACGUUAACGACUGUGCGCGGGUAUGUAACACGGAAAUCGACCACAGCCUGACGCCCCAAGUGGACCGCGCUGACACGGAGCAACUGUGGUCAAAGAAAUACCCAGGUAUUAAUUUCAAUAUCAACCUUGUUGAAACCGGAGUUAAACCCCCUUCAUACGAAAGCCACAUUCAAUAUGACUUAGAGAAAGCAGCUGAAAGACAGAGAUCUUUCUUUUAUCAAGUUUCUCUACCCCAUUACAAUGAUGAAAAGUUUGUUCAAAAUGCUAUUACGCGGUACAGGCAUUUCUUAACAUUAAAACGUCUUAAUCCAGAAUCUUUUGUUGUUCCGUGUUAUGACGUGGAUUUAAUUUGGCAUUCACAUCAAGUUCACCCGGCAGCUUACAAGAGAGACACAGAAACCACAUUAGGAAAACUUUUCAAUCAUGACGAUUCCGUUAACGACAGAAGCGAAGGCUCCAAGCUCAAUGUGUCCGAUAAAGAAACGCGCAUGUUAUGGCGGGAAGCUUUCGGAACAAACUUUUCAGAAUUCGGUGCCAUGUACAGGGGACUUCCUGCAAAGGGCCGUAUGUUCACAGUUCCCGAUGAAGUGAUUGACCAAUACUGUUCCAAAAAUGUUGAAUUUCAACUGAACAAUGCAGAACUUUUGGAUUAUACAUCAGCGCUGAAAGUUCAUCAACUGAAACUGAGUGCCGUGUUCAGGAAUGGAGUCGAUAUCGAGCUUUUAAAGCUGAAGAAACCCAUCAAGGGCAUGUGGAGUGUGUCCACUCACAACAUACCAAUGUACGAUAUCGAUACAGAGAUGAUUGACGUCAUCAGUGUCGAACUCUUCAAGUAUGGGGCGCUGGGGAAGCUGGGCAGCAAGACUUUAGUUGGUGAGGGUAGAAUAGGUUGCAGAGAAUUGGUGAAAAAUUGUAGAAAUAGUUCGUCAAACGUAUCCUCAACUGUGCGUUUAUCUAACGGGGAGUCAAUUCACCUAAAUCACACCGUCCGGAUUACCAAAACUAAAGACUGCUCAUUAAAGAUGGAGGCAGGAAACUUUGAAUCGGCCGUCAUUCCUGAGCAAAGCGAGAGUCUUUGGGGACCAGUUCCUCUACCACGCCUUCCAGAGGGAGUAGAAAACAAGUGUUCUGUGGCGAAUCACAGAAUACGAAAUUUGGCUGGAGAAGUGAUGUUCACUGCACGCGUUAUACACAGUUUACCGUUGAUGACGUCAGUAGUUCAAGUGUUCUAUCACGAUAAGUUGAGUGUCGUCUGUCACCUGAUAGGUCCUGAUACUCUACCAACACCAGCACAGGUCCAGACCUCGACCGAGAAUCCUGCAAUUACUCUCUCACCACAAGAUGGAGAACGAGCAAUGAUGAUAAAAAACAACGAUGGUGACUGGGCGAUAUUAAUUGGACGUUGGACAGGGAUAAGAAAGGGCGUGCCAGGGGUUAGAGCAACCAAAUACUCAAAAGGAAGGGCUCCUGUACGUGGUAGUCCUGGUCAUUUACAGGUUACAAUGUACAGGUUACCAACAGGAGAUUGUUCAACAUUUGUGCUUGACAGUGAAAAGUUCCAUUACUAUGAUUACACUGUCAAAUUCCACGGUUUUGAAGCAGACUUUUCCAAAUGUAAAAUCAACAUUUCGCCAACAGAUGGAGCUGAAAAUCUCGCUUUGGUAUUUUGUAUCAGUGUUAUGCAAGUGCUGUGUCAGCCAAGACCAAGAGAUUGGGAACCAGUUGAGGAGACUAGUUCAGACACGCCUUCGUAUGUAAGCAAGAAGAGAGAAUUUCCCACGGACAAACUAGCAAUGGUGAUGGCUUUUGGGUUUCUAGUUUCUACCCCAUCCAAUCAUCUCUUGCGGAGGCACCACAAGAAAAAGAAGGAGAACCAGGAUAAGUCGCACGUGACUCCCGUUUAUGGAGGUGGAACAGUAAGUGAAUCGGAUUCAACGCAUUGGUGUGAUAAUCCUGCUGAAGACGCACAUGUGUACGAUGACGAGGACAAUGGAGAUGACCAAGAGGUGGAUCAGUGGGAGGCAGCAAUGUUCUGCGUGAGAGAAGAAGAUCUGAUGGAUGCUGAUGGAGACGACUGUAAUACGGACACCGCAGACGGUGACCCGGGUGAAUGUGGUGGUUGCGGUGGGUGCGGAGGAAGUGACGGGAUGUGGGGAGGAGAUGAGGGAGGGGACGGUGGUGGAUGGGGUGGGGAUUCUGGAGGGGGAUGGGGAGAUGAUGGAGGUGGUGGUGAUGGAGGGGGUGGGGAUGGAGGGGGUGGGGAUGGAGGAGGGUGGGGUGGUGAUGGAGGGGGAGGGGAUGGAGGAGGGUGGGGAGGCGAUUCAGGGGGAGGGGAUGGUGGUGGUGGUGGAGGAGGAGAUGGGGGAGGGUGUGGUGGAUGUGGAGGUUGA